AUGUUGCAGAAUUGGUUUUAUUUGUUGCUGGGGAUAGGUACUGUUUUAAGUUACCCUACUUUAUUCGAAACGAAGAAAUUUAAAGUGGGAAUUGAAUAUGAUGGUUCCCUCCCAAUGAAAGGCGGGUCAGAUCGCUACAGGCACAGGAACAACUACGAGCCCUUCUUUGUCACCAAUACUGUUGAAGCGAGGAAAGGCUUCGUAAUCACCUAUCUCGAAAUCACUGGCAUCAUAAACGCCAAUGGUGAACUGGACUUCAAUGUGGUCAGAGGAUCGGCUGGCUCCACGCAGCUGACCUUCCAGCUGGUGUCAAAUAACACUGAUUUUCUCACCUACUCUUACUUAAGUUAUGGAAUCAAGGAGCAGGAGUACAAAAAGCUGGCAAAUAUUGUAACUAUACCGAUGACGAACGAAGGAUCGAAGCUGGGAAUCAACGCAUACGGCAUUUUAGUACUUAUAUUUUCAGUAAUGAGUAUAAUGACUAAAAAUAUUUAA